AUGUCACCAUUUCAAUUGAUGUGUAAUAAAGAAAAAGAGAUCAAUGGUUUAGCUUGUUCUUUCAAAGAUGUUGUCAGUUUUCCCGAAAAAGUAUCUCCUUUGCUUAAAACCUUCACAAAAUUCAAAGAGUAAAUUUAAAAUUUACGUUAUUUAUUUGUAUAUAGAUAUAUUAAAUACGUAUAUUAAUUUAUUUUGUAAUUUUGUUUUAUACACAGACCUGAUACUAACGAAUCUGGAUUUAAACACACAGCCGUAUCUAAAAGUCAAUCUUCCUCAAAACAACCAUUAAAAUCCAUUUUAAAAAAACUGGAUAGCAACGUUGAACGUAAAGGACGGGUUACGUUUAAUUUGAAUUUACAUAUCCGUUAUAUUCCCAAUAGAUGUCGAUCGGCCAAUGCCCGUCCACCAAAUUCAAAUGUUAACGGCUAUAAUAUGGGCACAAAAAAGGUCCAACAGGCUCGUAAUAGUAACAAUAUUUCUAAAGGAUCGAAUUGUCAAGAUGUAAACAUCAAUUCUAGAAUUUUUCGACCGCAGCGAAAUUUUAAUGGAAUGGCACGCCAAACUGUCGAUAGAGUAAAUGUAAUUAAUUUAAUAUUGGCAUUUCAACUAAAACAAUUUUUUAAUUUAUAGAAAAAUAACUAUGUACAAGAAUCUAGACCUCGUUAUAUUGAAACUUGUCAUGGUUACGUUAACAGUUAUAAUAAACCAAACUAUUCAAAACCAUUCCACAGCGAUACAUUUGUAUUUAAAAUUGAAAAAAUUCCCAAUAACGUCAGAGUGCGUGAUUUAAAAGCUGCUUUAGUAGAUCACGGAGUGAAACCAUUGUAUGAUUCGAAUUAUAUUAAUUUAUAUUUCUUAUAAAAACCGUAACAUAAUAUUUAAUUUUUUUUAGAUAUAUCACCUGGAAAGGACCAAGAGGUUUUGCAUACUUACAUUACAGUAAUUCUAAUGGUUUCAAUAAGGAUCAUGUCGUGGGCUCGUUGAAUAAAAUACGCUUUAAAACUAAUGGCGUUGAAACUUUUCAAUUACAAACGCUCAUCGUAACUGAAAGUCAACUUUUUUAA